GGGCCAUCGAUCUGGCAACGCCGCCAGUUGAUGCAAUUUUUUUUUUUGAGCCAUUUGUUUUGAAUAUAAAUUUUCGAGUGAAUCCCACGAUCCCCCAGUAGCCCAGCUCCGCCAAGAUAUCGGCUCAAAAUAUACCAAAUUUAUAGUUUUUACACACAACCCAUUCCGGCAGCAUCCCCACCCCGUUGGCUUCCCACAUAAACGCAGCCCAUGAAAUCCCACAAGUGAAUCGCGUCGAAUCCAACAGUCGCGUGCGUGAUUCGUUCGAUAUCGGUCGUUAUAUAGCCGCCAUAUAAAUCGUGGGGGCCCCAAGAUGAGCAGCGCGACGGGGACGCACAAGGAGUACGCCAAGUUCAAGUACUACAUGGAGAAGUGCUAUGUGCUGCCGCUGGAGCUGAAAAAUGAUAUUAUCUACUGCCAGCGUGCGUUGCGCGACUUCCUCAAGGUCCAUGGUUUGGUAUCGGACGUCUUCAAGGAGCAGGCGGAUGCGGAUCCCGUGCAGAUGCGCCGCAUCCUGGACGAACUGGAGGAGGAGGUGUACGAGAUCAAUGCCGAGCAGCAGUUCCUGCUGCUGCGCCUCAACGACGACCUGGAGGGAUUCUGCAUGAAGCUGAAGGAGAACAACAUCGCCACCAUGCCAGAACUGGCCAACGAGUUCGUUUCCGGCCAGAUAGUGCCUUUGAUUGCUGAUCCCAGCUACAAGAUCAAUCCGCAGUCGGUGAUGUGUCGCGACAACGAGGAGAUGCUGAUCCGCAAGCAUUUCCUGCUCAGCCAGGAUGAAGAGGCGGGUGUGCCGCCGCUGAAGCUCAGCGAUCUGGACGAGAAUAUACCGCUGAUGCUGGCUCCGCCGGUCAGGGGAUUGGGUCAGCAGAUAGCCGCCGUUAAUGCGCAGCUCAAAUGGCCCAAGGUCGAGGAGCCGCCGGUGACUGGGCCACCGCCGCCGCCGCAGCCGCCGCCGCCACUUCAAUCCCAGCUGGAGAUGAUGAACCGUUCGCUGGAUUCGAAUCCGCUCAAGCGGAAGAAUAUCACCUGCACUUCACCGCCGCCCUUGGCGCCCAUUACCCAAACAGUGGUGGCACCACCGCCCACCGCACCAUCGUCAGCCGCAGCGCAACCACCAAAUCCACCCCUGGACUUUGAGGUGGUGGCCCAGAGCCGAAAGAAUUUGCAUCAGGCCCUGAAGAGGGCCCGAAAGACCAAGCAGCAGCCACGUUUGUGCGACGAGGAGGAGGACCUGGAGAUCACAAGUUUGGAGAACAGUCGAAAGAGCAAGACCAGCGAGGUGAGGAAGUCACCGCCACCGCUGGAGAUAACCACGAAUACUGCCGCCAGCCAGGCAACCAAUGCUUUGGGCAAGAAAACAACGCCUCAAUUGCCAUCUCAGGGAACGUCGGCGAAGAACAAUGCGUACAAGACGCGGAACACGCGCAGGAAAUCCUCGCCGACGCCCACAACAAACACGCAGCCACAGCCGGCGGUUUCGCCGUCCGGCAGCUCAGAUGAUUCCAGUGCGGAACUGCAGCAGGAGCAGCAGAGGCUCCACGCAUCCGCCGCCCAGUGGCGCGAUGAGCCGCGCGAGAAUCGCACCCAGCCGGCGGACUACGGCCAGGAGACGUUCCUCGGUCUCUUUGGCCUCUACACGCCCGAGGUGCUCAAGAAGCUCAAUCAGCGCCACUCGAAGCGCAAGCGUCGAACCGUUCAGAAUGCCAGUGGCGUGGACUUUCACUAUGGCCAGCAGUUGAAUGCCAUGGACUCGUUGGUCCUGGGCGUUCGCGGCCACAAGAAGGCCAAGGACAGGCCGGAGUUCCUCUUGUCGCCGAAGGAGAAGCGUCUGCAGGCCAACUCGAAGAGGGCCUACACUCGCAAGAGCAAAUCGCCGGACAAGGUUACGGAUAAGAGCUCUGGAGGAGGCGGAGGAACUGGAGUUUCACCCUGUCAGCAUGGCGAGAGCGGCGCUUCCAAGUGCCGAAAGUGCCGCGAGUGCAGAGAGUGCAAACGCCGAGUGGAACCCGAAGCAAUGUACUGCCAUUACUGCAGUGGCUUCUACCACAUGGACUGCCACGAGACCACCAAAAACCGGCAGCAAGUGCAGCUCCAGAAUUCCCGAUGUCCGCCGUGUCUGCGCGAGCAAAUGGAGAAGUAGCGUGAUACCAAGUGAACUGGAUGUUGGACACUUAUAAUACUAUUUUCGCCUGUUUCCUGUUUGAAAACCAAAAGUUGUUGGAUGAAUUGAGUUAGUUGCCUCCUCAGUCCCAUGGACAAGGGCAUUUAUUGGACGCCUCUCUUCGUUUCUCUUUUUUGGCUCCGCUGUUUUAGAGCUCCUUGUUCGACCUUAACCCAUUUUUUUUUUCUAUUUCGGAGCAAGGGCAAGGGAUAAAAUUGACCUAAAGUUUUUUCGUACACGUUCGCAUUAAAGAAACCCUUCUAGUUAAGUUUGUAUGUAAAUUUGCAUACGCAAAGGUGAUUCAAAUAAAUAUAUAUGAAUAUUA